GGUCGUACAAGAUCGUAUUCUGGUGUUGAGUACUGCGGCUCACGAUCUAGAUCGAUGGUGCGGGACGAUCCAAAAAUAUGGCGCCAAACCCCUUGCAGGAAGGCCUCGGUGUCAACACUGCGCAACAUCGUCAUCAUCCGGGGCAAAGUACCCACCUGACCAAGCUUUUUGCAAUUGCGGGAAGUCCGACAGCAGUUAUCUUUGUCUGCGCACUGCCGUGAACUGAAGAAAUCACACUGCAUUGGUUUCUGGCCAAACUUUACUUCUCCUUGUGCAAUUGCUAGACCGCAGUGAUGUCUCCCAUCGCAGACCAUGUCCGCUCGGCGUGGAACGACAAGCAGACUCAUGUUGUCAUGUUCUCUGCAACUGCGAUCGCCCUGUAUGGAUAUGAUCAAGGUAUGAUGUCGCUCAUCAACACGAACCAGGACUACCUUUCUACGAUCGGACUCGAGGAAGAGUCGCCAGUAGUCGGUGUCAUUGUUGCCGUGUACUAUCUGGGUACUGCAGUAGGAGCUGUGCUAUUCUCCUGGCUGGCAGACAAAUUCGGACGCAAGAAGAGCAUCUUCUUCAGUUUAGCUGCUGCCAGUCUCGGGAACUUGAUCAUGUUUGUCGCUGGUUUCAAAUUCCAACAGAUAGCACUCUGGGUCAUGCUAGCCGGUAGAGUGAUCAUGGGUCUUGGGGUUGGAGGAAUUGAUGCCGUGAUCCCAACAUACUCGUCUGAGCUCUCUGCGGACGAUGCAAGAGGCAAGGCAUUGGCCCAAGAGUUUCAAUCGAACAUUUUUGGGCUGGUCAUGGCAUUUGGCAUUAACCUGGGCGUUACUGUGGCCCUUGGAACGUCGAACCAAUGGGCCUGGAGGAUACCCAUCAUCGUCAUGCAGGUGUACCCUGUUGUACUCAUGGCUUUGGUGGAGACCCUACCAGAAAGCCCUCGCUGGUACAUCUCCAACGACAAAAACGACGAUGCGAAGGCUGCGUUGGAGCAGAUCUAUGGCGACGAGAGUAAGCAGCAGUACGACCAGUUGAUCGAGGCGCACGAAAAAGAGAAGGGCGACAGUGUGGGCUACUUGGACAUGCUCAAUCCAUACCAUCCACAGUUCCACCCAACCAUGGUCACGAUCAUGUGCCAGAUCAACCAAGCUCUGACUGGAUACGGGGCUGUCUCUGUGUAUGGUCCGCAGAUUUUCCAGCUUCUCGGCUUCGAUACGCGCACAUCCGAGUACAUCACACUCGGCAACUAUACUUCGUACUUCUUCCUGAUGACUUUCGCGUGGCUACUCAUCGAUGUUCUUGGCCGUCGUAAGCUUCUUAUCCAGGGAUCUGUGCUGUUGUCGGUCUCUUUCCUCGUCCUUACAGUGUUCGGUGGCCUGUCUGAGAACUCGUCGAAGAUCGACAUCCCAGUCAUUGUCCCUGGUGUUCUCGGCUCCAUUACAUUGUUCUUCGCAACAGGCGCAUUUGGCAUAGGUUGGCUCGCAACUGUCUGGCUCAUCCCGACAGAAAUAUUUCCUACAGUGGCAAGAGCCCAAGGCACUGCCAUCUCUGUCAUUAUCUGGGGAAUCGCUAACUUCGCUAUCACCUUCUUAACGCCGGUCAUGUUUAACAACCUGUCAUACUUCAUCUUCCUGGUAUUUGCAGGCACCAAUGCCAUCGCCGGCCUUUGGACAUACCUGUACCUUCCCGAGACUGGCGGCAGGAGCUUCGAUGACAACCAGGAAUUCUUCAAACAGGCAGGUGAAGCUAGGACCUGGCGCGUCAGCAAAGUCUCGAAUGGUGAAUGGUCAAAGAUGCUCUACCCAGACCCAGAGAGUAACGGAGAACGCGUUGUUGACGCAGAGCGAGUGCCCCUAUUGAGGCGGGUGCAGGACCAGCUCCCAAGUGCCGAGUAGAAGCUCGGAUUCCAUAGGCAAUAGAUUGCAUACCUUUAUGUUUUUAGGCACGUCGAAAGCGUGGAAAAUACCAGGAACGGCUGUUUGAUUAAGCAGACGAACGCCUCCAUUGCAGUCAGGCUCGCUGAUUUCACUCCGUUCCUCUCGGACUUAUACUCGGCCAUCGGCACAUCUCCGAGACCAGCAAUCAAUGUUUCCCUUCACCUCACCAGGCAACAGCGGUACUCCUGAUACCGUCCACAGCCGACCCCGAUAUCUCCACUUAAAUCCAGCGGGUACCGCGGCCCCUCCUCUGAGAGGCCGCCGAACUCUCUGCAAGCCACGCACGCCCCUGCAUCGGCGUCACAAUGUCUCCACCUCCGAUCA